ACAAGUUACUUCACUUCCCCUUAGCUCGCUGUGCUUCCAGUUGCCUAAUACCUCCCGUUUGCUUCAGUUCCUGUUACAUGAUGGCUAAAAGACAGAGUCGGUGAGGAAAAUGCUGUGCUGUGUAUUAUAUAGUCAGUCUUCACGGUCAUUGUUCAGGCGACAGUAAAUCAUAUAUUGUACUUUGAUAUCUCUCAGCUCUGAAUGUAUUUCAAAAGGUGAUUUCUUUGAGCUCUGGUAGAGGGAUAAAAGAGAUGCAUCUCCUUCUAGCCCCAUUCAUCAUACUGGUUGGGAUUUCCUCCAUUUGUAAAGGUGAGCAUGAGAGCAGAUGCAAUGUUGUCCCUACAGAUCCGUACAUUGAAGUGGGAUCCGAUAUCAAGAUCGUGUGCCACACGUGUGUUAAUGACAAAAUCUACUGGACGCUGCAAAACAGAGAAAUUGACGAGACCCUGUCAAAUAUCAUUAACUCCUCGUACACAGUCCUGUCACUGAGGAACUUCACUGAGCACAGUGCCACAGUGGUGUGCCAUGAAAAAGCAACAGGGGAUAUCAUUGGUGGUACCACCAUCAAGACAUACUCAAAACCUAGCAAAAUCUCCUGCAUCCUUGACUAUGAUAAUCAAAAUGAGACUGGUGUGCCAGAACUGCUUACAUGCAACUGGGAGCAUCAGAUUAAUCCUUCAAAAGAAAUAUACUACACUGUACUGAGCUCCUCUUGGCUACACCCUUCCCAGAGUGAAAUCUGCCACUCUCAAAUAACAACGUGCACAUCAGAAUAUCAAACUAUAUCUGAUAAAAUAUCCAUCUUAGGGAGUUUUAAUGUCACUGUGAGAGCUAAUUCUUCUGCUUUUGAAGCUUAUUCUGAAACUCAAGAAUUUACCUCAUAUCAAAUAUGGAAAAUUGUCCGUCCAAAGUUAGAUGUAACUACUUGCCCUGAUGGUGUUUUGGUUAAUUGGACCCAGACGGACAGUUCAGCAGAGUGUCACUGUCAAGUCAAAUACAAUAAGGUUGUCAAUGUAAGAACUCCAGAGUGGUCGAUUGAUAAAACUUUAAACUGUUCAGAAAGGGGGAAAAUAAUCGUUAAAAACUUGGAAUCCUGCAGCACCUAUACAUUUUCAGUCCGCUGUGCUUUAGAAGAGGCGCCCUGGAGCGACUGGAGCCUCGAGAAGAGAGUUCUGACCAAACUAAACAUGACUGAUGUCAAGCUGCGUCUUUGGAGGAACAUAGCCGAACCAGAGAAGCACGGGUUGAGAAAAGUUCAUACCAUGUGGACGGGGAUUCCUUCAACAUGCCAGGACACAUUUACCUACAGGAUCAAGCUGAUUCCCUCCAAGCAAAAGGUGACCGGAGUAAAUUACACCGAAACUUUAUGUGGCAAUUCAAGUUGUGAUGUUGAUGUGAACCAGGACGCACACAGAAUCAUUCUCACAGUCUCCCAUAAUGACGCCGUGUUCGCAGAGGACUCUGUUUAUGUUCCAGCCGCCAGAGAGAGCCUCCCUCAAGUUACCGACAUCCAGACCACAACCCUUGAAGGUGUCAUUGAGAUCAGCUGGAAGGCUCCGGUUCAGCCUGUCAGUGGUUAUAUGAUCGACUACAUCCACAAUGGAAAUCAGUACUACUGGAAGGAGAGCACAAACACUAAUGUAACACUGACUGACCUGCUGGAUAAGACGCCAUACAACAUAACUGUAACUCCCCUCUUUGAUGGCAAGACCGGUCAUGGCACACAAGCCCUUCAGAUCUGCUCCAGAGUCAGAGAUACAGGGAAUGUCACCAUCAGCGAUGUUCAGGCUUAUGACAAAAGUGCUUCUGUGAGCUGGGAUGUGAAGACACGGGAGGCUUGCAGCGGGGUUGUUGUCAGAUACAUCGUCUUCUACAACACACAGCAAGGACUGCAGCUCAACGUCUCUGUGGAUAGAACAAGGCAGUUCGUCUCAUUGAAAGAUCUGACUCCGGACACUCAAUACCACGUCUACGUCCAGGCCAUAGCUCUUACUGGGACAACCCAAAGCAGUGAGUGGCUGUUUAUGACCAAGAGAUUUGACCCGAAGCUCAUCACGGCUCUCCUGGUGUGUGGAAGCAUCGCUGUGCUUCUGGUGUUAUCUCUUGGAUUAUGCUGCGCUGUUCAGUGGAAGAAGUUCAAGGAGAAGCCGGUACCAAACCCUGGAUUCAGUUCUGUGGCGUUGUGGUCCCCAGCAAAUCAUCAAGAGGGAACAUGCCCUGUCGAGCCAUUCAAUAAACCACACGAAAGCCACUUUGACAUAGUUUACCCAGAAGAACUUGAGGGAAUGACCACUCCUUCACUACCUCCAGGCUGUAAAAGUAACAUAGUCAGGGACCAGACGGAGGAAUACACAGUCCCAGAUGUAGUUCCGGCACCAGACUUGCAGAACAAAGACCCACGUGAAUCUGAAGACAUGCUGCAUCCAUCGUCUCCUGAAGAAGCCACGGCGCUGCUUCUCUCAGAGAGCAACCAGUCCAGCCCGUAUCGAAGUCAGAGCUCGAAGGAAGAUCCUGCCCAGCGGACCAGUAAACAAAGUAAGCGCGCUGCACUGAACCAGGAAGAAAAGACGACGUCUGCGACUGUUUAUGUCACUUUGGACAUGUUUGAGCAAGACAACGGACAGUCGACAGAAACGGAAACAUAAGACAUGGAUAAACCACGCAGAUUUAAACCGGCAAAAGACUUCCAUUAGCAAGUGUUGCAUCUUCAGGCUUUUGCACUGUGUAGUGAAAUGUUUUUUUUAUUUUUAUUAAAUAAGUUUGUACUGUAUGUUUAUUCUUUAUCAUUUAGUGUUACAAACAUGUAAUACUAUGUAUGAAAACAGUUAAAGCCAGGGUUGGUGAUUUUCGAAAACUAGCAUGAUUUUGAAAGUAGCAUUCCCUCAGUGCUCCAUCUGCACCCACCCCCUCCCCUCUGUGCUCCCUCAAAAGCCACGCCCCCUCACUUACAUGCACUCUGAGUGUGGGCUAGUGCAUGCAAGGGGGUAGAGAACGAGCAGGGAGACAGGGAGGCGUGAUUGGUUCAUUAAAUUGGGACCUCGUGGUUUUUUACCUGCUUACAACUGCGACAGAUGACGGAUUUUCUUCGUUCCUUUUUCAGAGCACAUGAGUUAUUAAUUUCUGUCAGGACCUAAAGACAAUUUCAACCAAAAUCUUUAAAA